AUGUUUUAGGAUCCAGAAGAGAAAGAUAUGAUUGGUGAUCUUCUUAAUGGUAUUACAAAAUAUUAAAGCUAUUUUAGAUAGUUUUGAAGCAGACAAAACAAAAAAAUCAUAUUCUAACAAUAGACCCCCUGCAUUAGAAAUAAAAUAAUAAUAAAAGGCUUCACCUGUUUAUCAACCCAAAGUUUAUUCACCUUAAGUUUAACAUAAGGCUAAGUUGUUAAUUUCUUUAUUAAAGUUCUUACGAUUUAGAUUUAAGACUUACUAAAAUACCUGUUUAACAAAGUGCUCCUAAUUCAGCCUUAAAAGCUAAAUCAUAUGAUUGCAUGACUUAAUUUAUUCCAGAAGAAGAAACAAGUCUAGAUGGAGAUUUAGUAAUCAAAAAUUCAUAAUAAAUAAGAUAUCUAAAUGUAAAGAUUAAAAUGGUGCCAGAAGCAUUUAAAAAUAAUUCUAAGAAGGACCUGUUGCAAUCAAAGAUUUGAUAUUCAGUAGACUAGAAAAAGGAUUCGUAUCACUGUCAAAAGAUGUAUUUGGUAAUUAUGUCAUCUAAAACCUACUUGAAAAUGGUAUGAAUUUUACAUUAAGUUAGGAACUCCCUUACAAUAAUAAAAAAUGCUUGUAAUUUUAUAACCUCAUACUUAAUAACUUGCAUUUCAUCAAUAUGGAUGUAGAGUCUUAUAAAAGUUAUUAUAAAAUGCAUAUAAAACUCCAGAAUUUCAAGUGUUAUUUGAUUCAAUAAAAGGGAAAGUAAAAGAAUUAGUUAUAGAUCAACAUGGAAAUCAUGUAGUUCAAAAACUUAUCUAACUUAUGGAAAGUGAUGUAAGCCUUUGGGUUUUAGAUGGAAUAGAAGGUUAAAUAAGCAAAUUGGUUACAAAUUCUUUUGGAUGCAGAAUUAUAUAAAAAGCUGUAUCAAUCUCUAACAAUCAUGUUGAAAGAUAAAUGAGAGUUCUAUAAGAAAUCAUGAAGAUAUCUCAAGAAUUAUGUACUUCUUAAUAUGGCAAUUAUAUAAUUCAGUAAUUGUUGAAAGAUGGUCCAGAAGUUAUUUAAAUUGAAAUCUAAUAAAUAAUAAUGGAUAAAAUAGAAGAGUAUAGCUUAAAUAAAUUUGGGAGGUAUUUUCAUUUUAUAAAAUAAGUAAUGUUGUUGAUUGUGCAAUUAAAUGUUCAGAUAAUAAAUUUAAAUUAAAAAUUAUGGAAUUAUUAUUGAGCCAAAAGAAUCAUCCAGUUUUAUUUGUUAGAUUAUCAAAAAAUGCAUAUGGAAAUUAUGUAGUCUAAAAUUUUUUAAAAUUUGCAGAUAGUGAAAUAUAAAAGGAGUUAUAUCUAAAACUUACAAAUAAUUAAUAAUUAUUGCAAGAAAUUUAAUAAUCCCAAUUUGGUAAUUUAUUUUAAUUGAUUUUAGGUUAAUAUGUAUAUUAAAUGUUAACAUAAAAAUUAGAACUUGAAGCUUUUAAAUUAUGA